AUGUUGUCCAUGAGUGCCAAGACGCACUUCACAAGCGGUCACUCGAUACCCAACAUACCCUGCUAUAGCAACACCACCCUAGCCACCAUCAACGGCCAUCGAGCAACCACCAGGAGGGAAGAUCACCGCUACAAUGAGCCUGGGGAGGGCCACCCAAGGGCCACCCAAGGGCAAAAGCAUAUCCGUGUACUUGUGAAACAGGAAUCGCCGUCAAAUUUCACCGCUCUAACCAACCCCGUCGUCAUUGCUGGCAACACCCAACCAGAAGAGGAAGAUGACUACGACUUCGAAAGGACCCGCAAAUCCAUGGAUCGGCCGAUUUAUGAGCUUAGGCAGAUCGAUGAGAUGAAACCUGAAGACAUAAAGCCUGCUGACAAAAUCCGGCAAGCAGAACUUAGGCUCAUGGUGGUCAGGGCGCUUUUGAACUGGAUACCGAAUGUUCACAGUAUCGCGCUCCAGGCGAAUGAGGAUGCUGAGAUGACCGAAAGUAGCUUGGAGGCGCACAAAUGCCUUCUUUUCGCUGUAAACACAAUGCACACGGUCGAGAGUCUGGGAGAAUGCUACGAUAUAGAAGACCUCGAGUACAAUAGACAUGUCCGGCUUCUUUCUAGCAAGAACACGGUCAUUCAUUCAUGGAGAAGUGUAACUGGCUAUGAUCCCUUCCGGAUCAUCUUAUGGAUAUGGCGGGACAUCUGUCUGUCGAUUCUGUCGAGGGAAGACAACAAUGUCAGCGCCGAAAUCUCCGAGGAGAAGGCUGGAGUGGUUAUUUCACGAAUGCUCAACGACAUCCGGCUCUGCAUUCCACUCGAUGCCUACAACUUCCGCGAGAAAAAGGCCAAGCGCAACCCAACAUACUGGUCCCUUGGCUUUGUGUACUCCAUGCAUCGACUCGAGCAGCUCUAUGUUUCAUGCCGCCUCAACGAACUCCAGAACCAUCCGUCCUAUGAUCUUUACACCUCCAUCAAAAACAGUCUUCCAGAAAAUUACAAGAGCCAGGCUCUCACCGUCGUGCAGAACAUCAGCCAUACCCAGCCCACGCUGAAUGGCCGGAUCGACAUCUUCACCUACGAGCGCUGCACCAAAGAGCUCAAAAAGCUGAUUGACAAGGGCCUGCUAAAACGAGACACUGUGCGGUUCCGGAACAUCAUUCUCCCAUACAGCCACGACAAAAGUCCCGCUGUGGCGAAGUGGGCCUAUGACCAAGUAGUGAAGGGCUUCCAGGAGGCUGUCGAUAAUUUCUACGCCGAGAUCUUGGAGCUUUUCCCGGAGGUAAAUAGGGCGGUAUUGCUAGAGCAAGGCAAGCAAAUGCAUAGGCUGGAGGAAUUUCUGGCCAGCGCAAGAGGAGAUAAAGAUGUGGAGAUGGAGGUCAGCGAUCCUGCUCGAGGUGAGCCUGUGGAGUGGAUAUACACAUUCCGGGGAUACCACAAUAUCGUGCGCGAUUGGUUCUGGGGAAGGCCAACAAGUCAGGGCCUGAGACUGAGAACGCAAGUGAAAGAUAUCUUUGUCGCUAAGCUGGGUUUUCUGCUCAUGUACGACAAGUUCGUCGGGAAGGCGUUGAAAAAUAGGAUGCGCGCGAUACAACGAUCAGAAUCUCAGCGGGUGCCUUGA